UUGAUCAACAAGAAAUAAAGCCAGAGAAAAAUUGGAAGGGAGUCUUUGCAGAAUUUUGACUUUUGAUUGCGCUUUAUAGCAAGAAAAUCUGAAUAUCAGGACCGUAUCUACAAGAUGGCGACUGGAGAUAUCAAGAAUAAUCUGCGUAAAUUAAUGGUCGAGCUGAAACAAAUACGUUACCCUUUGACUGAAGUUGAUUUGAAAGGACUUGCUCAAGGAACUCCAAGAUGUUUCCUGCCUAUUCUGCACUAUAUUUUUCUGGAUUACUCGGUCGUUUUGACUGAAUUCUUUGCUAGAGAUUACGAGCUGUACGGUAAAACAGACUUGCGCUUCGUAGAAACGGUGUACAAGGUGCUGAGAGACGUCUUUCACUACAAACCUCCUCUCACCAGAGAACAGUUUCUUUCUAUUGGCUACGCAGAAAGAAAGAUUAUUGAACUUUGUGAUAUUCUCAAAAUAUGUCGAGAAAAGAGUGCAGAGCUGAAUCCCAAGAUUUCAAAAACCGAGAAGAAAAAUGCACAGAGUAAAGACAAAGGCAAAAUGUCUGAAGUUGGUAAAGAAGUUGAAAGUCAACCAUCUAAAUUAUUAAAAAAAACAGGCUUUUCGCAGAACGAAGUCUCCAAAAAGAAGGCAAGCAAUAACGAUACCUUGAAGAAAACAGCUGAAGAAAAUAAAGAAAACAGUUCUAUAUAUCCAGGUUUUCAUUUGCAGGAUAGUAUUAAUGAACCUGUGAGAGACAAACGAACACUAGAACAGAAAAGUAAAGUAAAGAGCGUUAGAUGGAAAGAAGAUGGAUUAAGUACGAUUAGAUUGAAUGAUAUGACUUCAGUCACUCCAUCUACAGCAUUAACAGAGAUAAACAACAGCAAUGCUCAGGCUUCUACUGCUCCGGCAUUCUCUGCUUUGAAGAGUACAUCAAUGAGAGUACCAACAAACACUAUACCUAUGCCAGUCACCAUGACGACCAUCCCUAAACCUAGCCCUGAGCUCAUGUUAACACCUAUAGGAAAGACAAAACAUCAAGCAAUACCGUUAUCAGGGUCUCRGCAUGAUCAUGGGGAUGUUACCAAUGUCUCGCUCAUUGAUUUGACUGACAGCACCAACGUACAACAACCUAAAAUAGUGAGACAUGGAUACAAUGACGAGAGAGAAACAGAAGCUUUGAGGAGUAUGCCUGACCAAAAGAGCUUACUAACAUCACAAGAGAAUGAGCUGAAACUACUUAAGGGUACUGUACAGGAAUUACAAGAAAGAUUAGAAUCUGUUCUAUCCCAAAAUAAUGAGAUGUCUGCAAGAGYAGUGUUACUAGAAAGCAGAGUAAAACUUCUAGAGGAAGCAACGAGUGGAAAUCAGUGUGGGAAUUGCAUGAACACUAACUAUACUCUACCAAAUCAUAAUGUCAGCACAAAUCCAUUUUAUACUAAUGUUCCUGUUUCUAUUUCUGGUGUUCAAAGAGACUCAGGAACAGUCAGUAUAGCUACAGCUUAUCCACAAAUGAUGGAUCAGCAAGAUCAUGUUUCUCAUUCAACGRCAUCUUCCAGCAGGAGUCUAAUGAAUGAAUUCACCAAUAGUCAAAGUAGUUCUAUGUUUCAAGAUGCUAAUGCUAGAAGCAAUCAUGUUGGUAAAAUGUAUCCUAGUCAGUCAAUUUCACAUGCAGUUGAAGUACCCCAGGCAUCAAUGUUAACUGAAAUCUCUGAUGAUGAUGAUGAUGAUAAUGAUGAUUUUGGCACGUCAAAUGUCAAUACAUCUAGCAUCAGUCCUAAAGGUUCUCCACUUUCUCACACACCUAAUAAAAGUACUGGAACAUCUUUAGAAGCCAUCAGUCCAUUUUCAACCACACAAGAAAUCCAUUUAAAAUUCUCUGAUCCUUCAACAACUGCAACGAUAAUGAACGUAGAGAGAAGACUCCAAGAAACUAGAGAAAUGUUGGCAAAUGCUGCUAGAUUUGCAGUCACAAGCUUGCCUUAGCUGUAGAUAUUACAUCUUUCCUCAAGCAUAUAUUGCCUAUAUACCUAUGUACUAUUGCAUUCUAAAUUCAAUAUAUAACUUAUUUAAGUAAAGCUAUUAUUUUGAUAAUUGGUUUGUUAGAAUUCCUUGUUGAGUGUAUUUUUAGAGAUUACCUGGUGGAAAAUGUGGAAUAUUUUCGGUCUAAGACUGUGGAUGUAGUUAAGGUUACAUAUGGUACAGAUCACUUUAACCUUACUGUGAAAACCACUGUGAACAAAUUAAUACAUGAUGUAAAAUKAAGUGCAAUAUAAUUUGGCAUGUUGAUAAACAUUCUAAUGAAGUCAGCCCCACAAC